AAUGAUUCAUUUAUUCACUAUACACUUCCCAAGCAAAUAUUCUGCUGCUUCUAUAUUCUUCUUGUGCCAAAAAUUUAUAUCUGAUAUAAAUUAUUGCAAAAAAGAUACCCAGAAAACAACACAGACUUGCAAAGCACCACUAAGCCUCCUGUUUCAAAAACAGUCACUGCCUACUGAGAACCUCAAAGAUCAAACAAAGCUCAAGCUGCCGUCACCCAGAACAUUACUAUCUAAGCGCCGUUCCAGAGUAAACAUUGCUAUACCUGAAUUUUUUUAUGAUCAGAUGAUUCCUGUCAGAUGUUUUGGAAGCUUGCUUCUGGUUCUAAUUGGCAUGUUCGCCAAUGUGCUAGGUGCAUUCAUUGGGGUAAACAUAGGCACCGAUGUUUCCAACAUGCCGUCAGCUUCAGCUGUCGUUUCCAUUAUCAGAGACCAUCAAAUCACUCAUGUACGACUUUAUGAUGCCGAUUCUCACAUGCUGAAAGCCCUUGCUGGCAGUGGGAUUGAAGUAACAGUUGGUGUGACAAAUGAGGAAGUCCUAGGAAUUGGACAAUCCGCAUCAGUUGCAGCAGCCUGGGUCAACAAGAAUGUUGCUUCCUAUGUCCCUGCAACCAACAUUACAGCCAUUGCUGUUGGCAGUGAGGUUCUUUCCUCGGUUCCUCAUGUUGCGCCUGUUUUAGUUACAGCUAUGAACAACCUCCAUAAAGCACUUGUUGCUUCUGAUCUAAAUUUUCAUGUUAAAGUCUCGAGCCCCCAAUCCUUGGACAUCAUCCCCAAGCCUUUCCCUCCCUCUACUGCUGCCUUUAAUUCCUCACCGAACUCGACAAUAUACCACCUUCUCCAGUUUUUGAAGAACACCAACUCCUAUUUUAUGUUAAAUGCUUAUCCCUAUUAUGGUUACACUAAUGGAAAUGGUAUUUUUCCACUUGAUUAUGCACUUUUCAAGCCUCUCCCCUCUGUCAAACAAAUUGUUGAUCCGAACACGCUCUUUCACUAUAACAGCAUGUUUGAUGCAAUGGUUGAUGCAACCUAUUAUUCUAUGGAUGCUCUCAAAUUUUCCAGGAUCCCUAUCGUUGUCACAGAAACAGGAUGGCCUUCGCAAGGUGGACCUAAUGAACCUGAUGCCACAGUGGAAAAUGCUGGGGCCUUCAUUAAUAAUUUGAUCCGUCGGGUUUCCAAUAAUUCAGGUCCACCCAGCCGGCCAAAUAUUCCCAUCAACACAUACAUCUACGAAUUGUUUAAUGAAGACAAGAGACCCGGGCCUGUCUCCGAGAAGAACUGGGGGAUGAUUUCUACAAACGGCACUGCUGUUUUUCCUUUGAGUUUGAGUGGUUCUAGUCAGACUACGGGAAAUUCUACUGCAGUUUUCUGUGUGGCAAAAGACGACGCCAGUGAAGAUAAGUUGCAGGAUGGACUUAACUGGGCAUGUGGGCAAGGUCAGGCCAAUUGCAGUUUUAUACAAUCGGGACAACCCUGUUAUCUCCCAAAUAGCAUCAAGAACCAUGCAUCUUAUGCAUACAACGAUUACUAUCAAAAGAUGCGUAGCGUUGGCGGGACAUGUGAUUUUGAUGGGACUGCCACAAUUACCACUAAUGAUCCAAGUUACAGGUCCUGCAUAUUUACUGGAAGUUCUAAUUCGAGUGCCGGUCGAGGGCUGUUUCCCUCCGGAGCAUUUGGUCCUGUAAGUCCAAUGGGAGAGAGUCCAAACCUUUCUAUGUCAAAGAUUCAAUUCGUAAUCUCAGCAGCUUGUCUGUUCGUAAUCUUGCUAUGAUAUUGGAACCUUGUUAGGGCCAAAGAUGAUUAUCCGGCAAAAUCUAUGAGCAGUGCACCACGAUAACAGAUUGUUGUUUUAAUCUGUUACGGAUCAUGUUGGUAUUCACUUGUUCAUCCUUGACCAUUAUUGCUUCUUCUUCAAUUAUCUGCUAUGGACUAUGGAGUCAGCAAGUAGGCCUGAAAUUUCCAGCCAUGAAUUUUUAAGGACAGUAUAAGUGGACUUGGAUUUUGUUUUCUUCCCAUUAUAUUUAUUUAAUGUUAGGCCCGGUUGAAUUGGAACUGGUAG